CUUCAGUAAUAACUGUUUGAGAUUUGAAGAGGAAAAGUUUCAAGAAAUAAAAAAAAUGGAUAUUUUAUGAAUUUCAAAAAUGUGUAGGAAUGAUCUGAUAGAAGAAAAAUCAAUAUAAACAACAAUUUUUGAUUUGACAAAUGUUUUGAAGAAAAAGAAACAGAGGGAAGGAAAAGUUAGGUUAGCAAGAUAACCCUUUAUUUAUUGAAUCGUAGAAUGAAGGAGCAAGGGCCUUCAUGGCAUGAGGAGAGGUGGGAUUAAUUAAUGAGUUUGAUUCAUCAGUUAAGAUGACGUCAGGCCAUGUUGUUGUCUGUAGUUUAUAUACACAGGAUGUAACAUAAAGAGAUUUUCGUCAAUGUGAUAAAAGAACUUUAGACAAAACUUGAUAGAGACAACAACACUACUGAGGAAACACAAUAUUGUAGUUGAUAAAGGGAGACAAUCAAGAUGGCUACCCUCUCGCUGAAAAUCAGCGUUGUUGGGCAGAAUGUUGUAAAGACGAUGCAGUUUGAACCAAACAUGCAAGUUUUUGAUGCCUGUAGAAUUAUCAGAGACAAAUUGAUUGAGACUACUACAGAAAAAAUAAAUCCUGGAGAAUUUGGACUGUUCCUAUCAGAUGAAGAUCCACGUAAAGGAAUAUGGUUAGAAAAUGGCAGAACACUAGACUACUAUCUACUAAGAAGUGGUGACUUACUAGAGUACAAAAAGAAACUGAGGAUUUUACAGAUCAGAACUUUAGAUGAUGCUAACAAGAAAAUCCAGAUAGAUGACAGCUUCCAAGUUGGACAGCUCAUGGUGACAAUCUGUACUAAAAUGGGAAUAUCAAACCAUGAAGAAUACUCAUUAGUUUUAGAAAUGCCGGAGGAUGAGAGAGAGAAAACCUUAACAUUAAAACGAGACAAAUCCAUUGCCAAAGAUCAGAAAAAAUUAGAUGAAAUGAGAAAAAAACUACACACAGAUGAUGAGAUGGACUGGUUAGAUCAUUCUAAAACUUUACGAGAACAGGGAGUUACAGAUAAUGAUGUAUUACUGUUGAGGAGGAAAUUUUUCUUCUCUGACCAGAACAUAGAUCAGAGGGACCCUAUACAGCUAAACUUAUUGUUUGUACAGUGUAGAGAUGCAGUGUUGAAUGGUACCCACCCUGUUACUCAAGAUGAAGCUAUACAACUAGCAGGGUUCCAGUGUCAAAUUCAGUUUGGAAACUUUGUCGAGGGUAAACACAAACCAGGAUUUCUGGAAUUAAAAGAAUUUCUUCCCAAGGAAUACAUUAAGACCAAAGGAAUAGAAAAGAAAAUUUUUCUUGAACAUGAGAAACUGAGAAAUAAAGGUUUAAAUGAAUUUGAAGCCAAGGCCAAGUACACACAAAUGUGUAGAUCUCUAAAAACUUAUGGUAUUACGUUCUUCUUAGUCAAGGAGAAGAUGCCUGGUAAAAACAAACUAACGCCACGUUUACUUGGUAUUACAAAGGAAAGUGUUGUCAGAAUGGACGAAAAAACUAAAGAGAUCUUAAAGACUUGGCCACUUACCACAGUUAGGAGAUGGGCUGCAUCACCAAACAGUUUUACUUUGGAUUUUGGUGAUUACUCUGACAACUAUUAUUCAGUACAGACACAGGAAGGAGAACAGAUCUCCAGACUCAUAGCUGGUUAUAUUGAUAUUAUACUCAGCAAGAAAAAAGCCAAAGAUCACCUUGGUAUAGAUGGUGAAGAUGAAGCUCCUAUUUCUGAGGAUAAUGUGGCACCAUCACAGGCCACCAUUAUCCAGAGAAACCAGGCUAAGAUUGGUCAUGCAGAUGUUGGAUCUGUUGCCAUGCCAGCAGUAUUAAGGGGAGCUAAUACUGGACAAUCCAGUUUUUCUGUAGGAUCAGUGGGAUCGGCUCAGCAUAGUCAGGUGUCAAAUGAAGCGCAUGUAGGGCAUGCUAAUAGACAGAGCCAGAACAUACGAGAACAGACGCUGUCACAUUCACAGAGGGCGCUGAUUACCAUUAUAGACGAGGGAAUGACGUCCAUCAAGAAGGCUCAAUCACAGAUGGAUGCCGGUGCCACACUACCACAGCUUGGUGAUGAUGCUGCCUCCAAGAAAUGGCGUCAAAAUACUUUAGAUUUGUCACGACAGAAAGUGAGUGCUGAGGUAUCUGCUAUGAAUGCAGCAACAGCACAGCUAGUAACUUUGUCAGCAGGGGACGAGGAGCCUGAUCCUCAAGCAGUUAGCUCUGCUGUAGCUCAAAUCACCUCCAACAUAGGAGAGUUCUCUCACGAUGUGCGUAUGUUAGCAGCUCUACAUGAAGACCAGAAUACUGGUAACAACUUAAUGAAUGCAGCUAAACGUCUUGCUGGUGCUUUCUCAGAUUUACUUAAUGCUGCACAACCUAAUGCAAGAGAUAGGCAAAAUAUAAUAGCAGCUGCCAAGAUUGUUGGUGAGGCUAGUCAGGAAGUGAUGUACGGUGUUGGAGAAACAGCAGAAGACCUAGACAGAAUGUACCAAGAGACUCUUCUGGCCCUGGCCAAGGCUGUGGCUGGUGCUACAUCUACCCUAGUACUCAAGGCUAAGGGUGUGGCUAGUUCUACAGAUGACCAGGGAUUACAGAACAAAGUCAUUAACUCUGCUACAAGCUGUGCUCUUGCUACGUCACAAUUGGUGGCAUGUACUAAGGUGGUUGCUCCAACAAUAGCUAGUCCAGCAUGUCAGGAACAGUUAAUAGAAGCAGCCAAACAAGUGGCCCAGUCAGUAGAGGGCAUUGUUGAUGCUGCUCAGCAGGCAUGCCGUGAUGAUAGACUUCUACAGGAUCUGGGUGCUGCUGCUACCAUGGUAACACAGGCAUUGAAUGAUCUGUUGCAGCAUAUCAAGAAAGGAGCUGGACCCACUCAUGCCCACGAGGCUCAUGAAGAGGCAGUGGACACUAUUUUGGCUGGAACAGACAAGAUUGUUAGUUAUUUUGGUGAUGCUCAUGAGAUGGUUAAACAGGCUAGGCAGCUUGCACAGGCCACCUCCAUGUUGGUUAAUGCUAUCAAAGGUGAUGCUGAAGGUCAUAGUGAUUCAGACAUGCAGAAACGAUUACUGGCAGCAGCCAAAGCCCUCGCUGAUGCUACAGCUAAAAUGGUGGAGGCUGCAAAGGGAUGUGCAUCAAAUCCUAAUGAUGCUUUGCAGCAACACAGACUGAGACAAGCAGCAGAGGACCUAAGGUCUGCCACUAACAUUGCUGCUAGUAAUGCAUUGAAAAAGAAAGUCAUUAAACGUCUUGAGAAUGCAGCCAGACAAGCAGCCUCAGCUUCCACACAGCUGGUGAAUGCAGCAAAAUCUGCCAAUACUACCAAUACAAAUACAUCCUCUCAACAUCAACUGGACAUUCAGAUUAAGGAAAUAAAUGAAGAGUUACCUAAACUUGUACAGGCCUUCAGAGCUUCAAUGUUAAACACAGACAGUGCUACUGCUCAACUGAAUCUCAUCAACCAGAGUAAAGAUUUUAUACAGCCUGCUAGUGCCUUAAUAGCUGCAUCUAAUGCUGCCAAUCCAACGAUUGGUGACCAGGCUGCAGCCUUGAACUUGAGCCAUACUGUCAAGGUCAUGUCCAAUGCCUUGGCUGAACUUAGGUCAUCAACCUCUAAAUCAGAAGAGGCGUAUGGCUCUCUGGAGAUAGACAGUGCCUUAGACCAGUUACAAACACUCGACUCUGAAAUGAUUGAAGUCAAAAGAUCUGCCCAGCAUGGUCAACUUAGACCUCUACCAGGAGAAACUGCUGAGUCCUCAGCAUCUAAACUUGGAGCUACGUCUAAGACAGUAGGAUCUGCCAUGGCACAGCUCUUGACUGCUGCUUCACAAGGUAAUGAUAACUAUGUUGGAAUAGCUGCGAAAGAUACUGCCAAUGCUUUACGUGUCCUGGCCGAUGCCACCAGAGGUGUUGCAGCUACCUCAGAUGACCGGGAAGUACAGGAACUUGUUGUGGAUAGUGCAAGGGAGGUAAUUAACCAGUCAACAAAAUUACUAGAGGAGGCAAAGAGAGCCAUGAAUGAUCCUGAAAAUCCAGAGAAUCAACAGAGAUUAAACCAGGUUGCCAAAUCGGUAUCCAAUGCACUGAACAACUGUGUAAACUGCUUGCCAGGACAGAGAGAUAUAGACAAUGCUAUCAGACAGAUCACAGAUUCUUUCCAAGCUUUGGCUGUAACACAGUUUCCAUCAACAAAUAAGAAUUUCCAGGAUGUACAGUUAGAAAUGAACAAUGUAGCUGUCAAUCUGAACCAAGCCGCUAGUGACAUUGUCACAUCAUCACGUGGUGCUCCAAAACUUCUGGCCGAGUCCACUCGCCAAUAUAGUGCCACCUAUGAGGAAUUUGUGAAAACUGGACUGACCAUCGCUGGAAUUACAAAAGAUCAUGAAACACAGAGCCAGAUUGUAGGAGGAUUGAGAAGUGUUUCCAUGGUUUCUAGUAAACUUUUAAUGGCUUCAAAACAAGUGUCUGCUGAUCCUAAUGCACCAAACUCCAAGAAUCUCUUACAGAAUGCUGCAAGGGCAGUAACAGAAAGUAUUAACCAGUUAAUAAACACUUGUACAGUGUCAGCACCUGGACAGAAGGAGUGUGACAAUGCUCUUAGACAAAUACAGAUGAUGCAGAAUCUAUUAGAGAGUGCUAAUGAACCUGUGACAGAUAUGUCCUACUUUGAAUGUCUAGAUGCUGUCAUGGAGAGGUCAAAGAACCUUGGCGAGUCCAUGACCGGUAUAACUAACCAUGCUAAGAAAGGAGAGUUAGAUGAUUUCUGUGAUUCAGUUCACAACUUUGCUGGGUCAGUUUGUGGCCUAACAGAGGCUUCAUCACAGGUUAGAUUUUAUUAUUCAGUUCACAACUUUGCUGGGUCAGUUUGUGGCCUAACAGAGGCUUCAUCACAGGUUAGAUUUUAUUAUUCAGUUCACAACUUUGCUGGGUCAGUUUGUGGCCUAACAGAGGCUUCAUCACAGGCAGCUUAUUUAGUUGGAAUAUCAGACAAGGCCUCAGAACCAGGACGGCCAGGAUUAGUAGACCAGUCACAGUUUGCCAGGGCAAAUCAGGCAAUACAACUGGCCUGUCAGAACCUUGCCAAUCCAGCAAGCUCUCAACAACAGGUUCUGUCUGCUGCUACUGUUGUUGCCAAACAUACUUCAUCAUUGUGUAAUGCCUGUCGUCUGGCAUCUUCAAAAACAACCAAUCCCGUUGCAAAGAGACAUUUUGUGCAGAGUGCUAAAGAUGUAGCCAAUAGCACAGCAGCUCUUGUUAAAGCUAUUAAAGCAUUGGACAGUGAUUUCAAUGAACAAAAUAGACAGAAAUGUGCCGAGGCUGCUAAGCCGUUGAUCAAUGCUGUGGAUGAGUUAUCUACCUUUGCUUCCUCGCCAGAGUUUGCCAGUAUGCCUGCAAAAAUAAGUGCAGAGGCAAGAAUUGCCCAGGAGCCAAUCAUCCAGGCUGGCAAGGCAAUGAUAGGAGGAGCUUCCAACAUGGUCCAAGCAGCCAAACAAUUGGCUGUCAAUCCUAAAGAUCCGCCCACUUACCAGAUGUAUUCAAGCUACUCAAAGAGUGUGUCUGAUGCCAUUAAGAAAUUAGUAGCAUCAAUCAAGGACUGUGCUCCUGGUCAGAAAGAGUGUGAUGAUUCAUUGGACACCAUUAAUCAAUGUGUCCGUAGUCUUGACCAGGCUUCCUUGUCUGCAAUCAGUCAAAGCCUUACACCUAGAACUGAGAAAACAUUAAGGGGCUUCCAAGAACAGAUAAUAGGAAGUGCUAGGGAAAUUCUGGAUAUGGUUGACAAAGUGAAAGUAGCUGCUAAAUCUGAACCAGAAAAUCUAGGUUAUAGGGUUACUAUGAUGGCCAGUUAUUUUGAACCAGUAGCCGAUGGAGCAGUGGGUGCUGCAUCCCAGUCUACAACAUCAAAACAACAGACACACACACUGGAUCUUACCAAAACCGUCAUGGAAUCGGCGCUACAGUUCUUAUUCGCCUGUAAAGAAGGGGGAGGUAAUCCAAAAGCCACUCAUACUCAUGAAAAUAUUGAAACAGCUGCUGAGAACACGAGGGAUGUGUUACAAGAUCUGUUACAAGCCAUGGAGGAAGCUGCUUCACAGGCAGGCAUGGUCACCAGUAUGAUAGAGAAAAUUACAAAAUCUAUAACUAAGACUGACCAGAAGAUCCAGAUCAGUGAAACAGAAUCAUAUGUAGAUUUCCAAACCAACAUGGUCAGCGUGGCCAAGAAGAUAGCCAUGACAGCACAAGACAUGGUUGGUAAAUCCACCAGUAAUCCAGCAGAACUUGGAUCAUUAGCCAAUCAACUUACAAGAGAUUACGACCUUCUGGCUGCCAACUCUGCAGGAGCUGCUGCCGCCUCAGCUAGUUCUGAUGUGUCUAAUAGAAUAAGGACUACCGUGAUGGAUCUGGGAAAGAGUUGUAUAGAACUAGUACAAGAUUCUGGUAACCUACAGAGCAACCCAGGUGACACAUAUGCUCAAAGAGACCUGGCUGAUCAUGCUAGGAGUGUUAAUGAAAAGGUAUCAUUUGUAUUGGCCUCAUUACAAGCAGGAUCUAGAGGUACCCAGGCCUGUAUUAAUGCCGCUAGUACUGUCAGUGGCAUCAUCGCUGACCUUGACACCACCAUUAUGUUUGCCACCGCUGGAACACUGAACAGAGAAGGGGAGGAAAGCUUUACUGAUCAUAGGGAGAAUAUAUUGAAGACAGCUAAGGCUUUAGUUGAAGAUACCAAAACAUUGGUGGCAGGUGCUGCCUCCAACCAAGAACAGCUGGCAGGGGCUGCCCAACAAGCUGUCAAAACCAUCACUCGAUUGGCUGAUGUGGUCAAAUUUGGAGCAUCCUCACUGGGAGCUGACCAACCAGAGGCUCAGGUGUUAUUAAUAAAUGCAGUGAAGGAUGUUGCAUCAGCCUUGGCUGAUCUUAUCAGUGCUACCAAAAAUGCCUCUGGUAAAAGUGUACAAGACCCUGCUAUGUUACAUCUCAAAGAAUCUGCUAAGGUAAUGGUAACAAAUGUGACAUCCCUGCUGAAAACAGUCAAGACAGUGGAGGAUGAGGCUUCCAGAGGUACACAGGCUCUAGAGGGUACAAUUGAGGCCAUCAACCAAGAAAUAAAGGCUUAUGAUAGUACACCAGGCACAGACAAGAAAGCCUCUGCAGAAGAUCUGAUACGCUUGACCAAACCUAUUACCAUGGCAACAGCCAAAGCAGUUGCUGCUGGUAACUCCUGUAGACAGGAAGAUGUCAUCGUGGCAGCCAACAUGGGAAGAAAAGCAGUGUUUGAUUUAUUAGGUGUUUGUAAGGCUGCUGCAUUAACAGCCGAGACAACAGAGACAAGACAGAGAACUGUUAGAGCAGGACAUGCUGCUGCCGUAACUUAUAAUGAACUGUUACGGCAAGUUCACACUUGUGUGCAGAAACCUACUGCGGAGGCAAAACAGAGCCUGAUCAAUAUAUCUCGACAAGUGGCUAACUCAGUCACAGAAAUAGUUCACUCAGCAGAAGUUAUCAAAGGCUCUGAUUGGGUCGAUCCAGAAGACCCUACUGUGAUAGCGGAGAAUGAAUUACUAGGGGCAGCUAACUCUAUUGAAGCCGCUGCUAAAAAAUUGGCAUUACUUAAACCAAGACAGAAAGUCAGGGAAGCUGACAUGAGUCUGAACUUUGAAGAACAGAUCUUAGAUGCUGCUAAAUCCAUUGCAGCGGCCACAGCGGCUCUUGUAAAGUCAGCAUCAGCGGCACAAAAAGAAUUAGUGGCACAAGGAAAGAUCCGUACUAGAAAAGAGAUAGAAGCUGCAUACCACAAAGCCGAUUUCCAGAAUGAUGAUGGACAGUGGUCACAGGGACUUAUCUCAGCAGCAAGAAUGGUAGCAGGAGCAACACACAGUUUAUGUGAGUCGGCUAAUGCUAUGGUACAAGGUAACGCUACGGAGGAGAAACUUAUUGCAUCAGCUAAAGAGGUAGCAGGAUCAACAGCAGCAUUAUUGGUGGCCUGUAAGGUCAAGGCUGAUCCAGGGUCAAUGGCCAUGCAGAGGUUACAGUCUGCUGGUAAUGCGGUAAAGAGAGCUACAGAUGCUUUAGUGAAGGCAGCACAACAAGCCAAAGGAAUGACAGAGGAGACUGAGGAUGUAAACAUAGAUGCCACCAGAGUGGGAGGAAUAAGACAGGAAUUGCAGGCACAGGAAGAAAUCUUAAAGAGAGAAAAAGAACUUGAAAGAGCCAGACUGAAGCUGGCAGAAAUUAGGAAAGCUCGUUACAAACCAGACGAUUAUGAUUCAUCAUCAUCUAACUUUUGAAAGACUAAACCAUAAUAUCUGUGUGUUCAUUGUCUAAUCAAGAUUUAUUAUUUAAAGUGUAUGCAUAGUCAAACCUGUAUAUAAAGGUCACCCUCAGAAACAGAAAAAAACUGACCUAAUAAGAGCUGUGACCCUUGAAUUGAGUUUCAAAAUGUAUAUGUAUUACUACAGUGGGCUAAGACAGGUUUUCACUUAAUAGGGGCGACCUUUAUAGCAGGUUUGACUGUAUUUUGUAUUGUUAAAGAAGAACAAUUUUUAAUAGAUAUUUGUAAAUAUACGGAAAAGAAGUGCCAUGUUAUUGAUUGAAGUUUUUGUCCCAUAUUGUAGUGGAUGUGCUGGUGAGGUUAAAGUUCAUGCUCACAAUUUUACAUAUCAGAAUUCAUCAGUGAAGUCAUUGUAAGGAAAUUCAUUAUCAAGUCAGAGAAUGAUUUCAAAAGUGGGCGUUGUUUAUGUUCACUUUAGUUUUACUAAAUAAUACAAAUGUUAAAUAAUUUUUGAAAUGGUGCAAAAAUAUGCACACACAGUCUGUAAAAUUACAAUCAAACUGUAAUUAUCAAAAUGUCUUUGACCCAGAGCUUGUGAAAAAAAUAUUUAUCAAUACUAUAUUAAACACCUGUUUGCAAUAUAAGAAUACUUAUAAAUACUCCUUCGUAGUAUAGUCCAUUUCUAUAUGUACAAACCUUAAGCUAUUUUAUAAUUAGCUUAUGUUUGCAUUUUUGCAUUUUUCUUAAAAUGUCUUUUUUUUUGUAAUACUUGUAUUUUUUUUAAUGCAUACAAGUAUGUCUUUUAGCUUACAUAGGAAAUAAGUUCAUGCAGUCUGUCAGCAUUGUAAUGAUAAAUAUGGACUUAAGUGCUAAAAAUACAGCAUGUUUAAUAUUUAGGAAACACAUAGUUUAAUAACCUGUUUGCAACUUGUUGAGUGGCACAUAUUUAAAUGUUGUAAUAUUAUCGGAGUGUUUUUGGAGUAAAUUUUAGGAUAUAUUUUAGUCUUUUUAUACAUGUUUAUACACAUUUUAUUUGUGAUACAAGCUUAUUUACAUUUUGAAAAAAUCUCUUUCUCUAUGAUAGAUUGUCAAAUUUACGUGUUGACCUUUCUUACAUUAGAGGCAAUUUUACUUCAUAAAUUUGACCUUAUGAGUGUGGCAUCAAAAGCUUUACAAUUGCAGGCUAAUUUUCAGAGAAAUUAUCAUUUUUGUGAUAUUGAUGUUUAUUGACCUAAAUAGUAUACCGAUAAAAGUAUUUUCAAAGAUUUAAGUUUGAAAAUAUUGAGAUGUGGGGUAUAUUUUAUUGAGACAUCAAGAUGAAGAGCAAAAACAAAGUUGCUCAACAAUUCAUUACAGUUGUGAUUUCAAUGAUACAUAGAAUGUCCCUGAUCAGGUAAUUGCUAAUGUCAGUCCCAAUCAGGUGAAAUUAAGUAAUUAGAGUAUGAGUAAAAAUUACUGUCAGUACUCUGGGAUAACUCUGGGAUAUAUGCAAACAAGAUGAUAAUGACAGUCCUUAAAGUUGAAAAGUACUUAUUUUUAUUUAAGAAAACCAACUUAUGUUUAUUAAAAGCAAGUUUAUUGAUAUAUAAGUCUUCCUUAUAUGCCAUAUAUAGUUGAAUUUUUUAAUGCAAUAAAACCUAACCACAUUGUACGUAGCUAUAUUAAUAGUCAAUAGAAAAAAUUAAUAGUAGGUUAUAUUUUAUAUCUACCAUGAAAAUUCGCCUACCAAAGAUUUGUUAUUUUUCCAUAAUUUAUUUCUCCUUGAUAAUAAUGUGAUGUUUAAGUAUAUUCAGACAUCCAGCAAAAGUUUUCCUGGAAUAUUUCUGAUAAAAUUGUGGAUAGAAUCAGACAAAACAUCAAUGGUUAUUUUAUAACAUACAAAAAUGAUGCACCUGUGUGCCAUUCAUUUCUGGUAGAUGUAAAUGAAAAUUUACUAACUAUGUAAACUUUGCCUUUCCAUAUUUUAUUGUUGUAAUAUAUGUAAUGUGAUAAUGAUAUAUAAAUAAUUAUGUUAAUAUUGUAUAGAAUAUUAAAGAAAUUAAUUAUUAUUUAAUUUGUAUGUAUGUCACCUAGUUUUAAUCCUAUUAAAGCAUACAUUUUGGUAUAGGUAAAGGAGUGUUGAAAAUGUUUACCAAAUUCAACCGCAUUCGUGAAAAAUUCAAACAUUGUAAAAGUAUCAUAUCAUGUCACAGAAUAUAGGCCAUAUUUUCAAUCACAUUUACUUCAUUUGAAAAAAAUUAGGAUUGAAAAUCAAGGGUGGAAACUGUAAACCUUUCCCCAUAUCUGCGGAGGUCCAUUUACUUGAUCAAAAGCCUAAACUCAAUGGUCCAAAUCAAAAAUAGGACACUAUUAAAGUGCUCCUAAUAUUUACUCUGAAUUAGUGUCCUUAAUAUUAAGUUGGUUUGUUGAAUUUUAGGUGAUUGCAGAUUUAAAUAAAAGCGACUUUUGUUUUGAUAAAUGUAUAAGCUCCAUUUGAAGUAUUCUGUUGUAGGGUUAUUUGUUAUUAGAUAUAUUGCUUUGCAAAGUUAUCACGAAGUGGCCUUUAUAUAUAGAGUUUUAGAUUUUUAUAAAUCUGGUAGCAUUCUAUUUCUCAUAGAAACUGUAUACUAUUGUAUGCUAAAUAUCUUAUUCAGAAGCAAAGUUUUAUUUGUGGACAUGCCCUUCGGUUAUUUCUGUUUUUUUGUCCACUUUAUUUAUGUCAAACAACUAAUUAAAAAAGCUUGUUGGUUGUGGGGGAAUUUGACAGUUUUUUUCAUACUCUCCCUUAUCCAUUCAAAUGGAUAGCCAGUAUGGCCUAAAAUUAAAUAUAUGAGCUGCAUCGGAUAGAAAUCAACCUAAUACAAGUGCAAGUAUACAUGUACAUUUUUUAGACUUUGAUUGAUUUUGAAACAUUCAAAUACAAAAUAAAAGAUUAAUUUUGGUCUGCUUUGUGGAUUUUUUUUUAACAGCUCAAUUUUCAAACAGUUACAGACUUUCCAUAGAGAUUUUUUCAACCUGAAAUAGGUUAACAGAUGUACUGAUAUUCAUUUGCAUAAGGUCUAUUUCUUUCCAAAACAGCUCAUAUGUUAUUAAUAAGGAAACUGAUGGAUAGAAUAUAAGGAAUACAAAAUUGUAAUAAAUUUACGACAAAGAGAAAUCAAUAAAAAUAUAUUUGCUUUUAUAUAUUUUGAAAAUUUUUAAGUUGUUGGGAAAAUUUAUUUACUGCGGUAGAGGGGAGCUUGCUCGGAUUUAAAUACAGCAUAUUGUUAUAUAAGUGUAUGGAGUGUACAGAAAAUAUAUCCAGUGCUUCUAAAUAAAAUACUAGUCCAUUAUUGAUAGAAUUUUGUAUAUAUUAGCUCUGUUGCUUAGCAACAUAAUAUAUUGAAAGAUAUGUUAUUUACAUACAUUUGCACUUUUUGUUUUAUAAUUUAUAUACUGUACCAGUGGCAGAUGAUGUCAUUAGAAGAUCAGACAAAAUGUCAGUCAGAAUGUUGACAAUUAUAAAUUAAAAACAAAUCCACUUCAUUUUAGUUCAGCAUUAGUUUAGGAUCAAAUUUAUUAGAUUUUCAUCAAAUUAGACCCAUUAUCAUCCCUUGGUUAUUGGGACACCUGCUAAUGCCUGCCUUUUCCCCUCAGAUGAGAUGUAGCCUGAAAUUGAGAGGCAAUUCAGAUUUUAUCCCUUUAUUCCAUCAUUUGCUGUAGAUUUUUUUCUUUGGGGCUAUUAAUGAUUUAAUUUUAAAGGAAUUUGGGGGAUGGGGGAAUUGAAAGACACCUUAUAUUAAUAACAUUGGGGUAGUGGGAUUCAAAACAGGUUUCACACAAUAAUACACGAAACAGGUUACAUUAAAUUUCUAAUUAAAAAAAUGCUUUAUGUAAUUUGAAAAUACUGCUUCAGACUAUGGGAAAGCUUCAUUGUAAUUUCUUUUUGUUUGUUUGUUUUUAAUGACAUCUCUGCCCAACUAAUUUGCAUAUCAUUAAAAUAAAGCUUGUUUGUAUUAUAAAUGUUGACAAUAAUAAAUGAAUUAAUAUUUGUA